AUGGCGGCAGCCAACAGGGGGGGUGUUUCUGUUGAUCCCCUGUCUCCCGAGGGUCCAGUGGCUGCGGAAGAAGAGCAGAGUCAUGAGGAAGAAGAGCAGCGAAGUCGUGAAGAGGAAGGACGGCAGAAUGGGGGUGAAGAUCGCAGCGAUGCGGAGGAGGAGCAGAGACGCGAGGAGGUUUUAGUGCAGAAGGAUCGAGAGGACGAAGGGUUAGAGGGGAGCCGUCGGAGAGGACGGAAGCGGCAGAAGAAGGACAAGGAGAGUCGUGGUAGCAGAAAGAGGCGGCGGAAUGAGCGGAAGGCGCCGAAGCACAAGAAGAAGCGCAGGUCGAGGCAGCAGCAGCAGCAGCAGCGGGGAAGCGGCGACAGCAGCGAUGAGGAGAGCAAUUCAGAGGAGGAGGACGACGUUGAAGACGAGGAGGAAAUCCUGAGGGAGGAAAUGCGUGGCUUCAUCGUGUCGGAGGCGGAGAGCGACAGCGGCAGCAGCAGCAGCAGCAGCAGCAGCAGCAGCCAGGGGGGGGACGGCGAUGCCUUGGCGUUAGACGAAGAGGAUCUGGAUCUCAUAGCCGAAAACACAGGGCUUGUUGUGUCUCAGGGAAAGGCGCUCUCGAGAGGGCUCCUUCGGGAAGCCUCGACGCAGCAGACGCGUCUGGAAGAAGCCACAGACAACGAGGAGGAUGCGGAUGUGAGGAAGCAGCAGUUUAGGAGGCUGAAGAAAGCCGCAAGUUCAGCGGGGGCUAUGGGGAGUGAGCGCAGACUGAGCAGCAGCGGAAGCGGAGACGAGGAGAGGAGGGGCUAUCGAGCAGCCUCUCGCUCGACGACCAAGGGGAAAGGCGUUUGUCUUGCAGCAGAAGACAGCUUGUUCGAGCGUCGGGAGGGAGAAGAAGAGGGAGGAAGGGAAGAGGACGCCGAUGAGGAGAAUCUAGAAAGAUCUGAUGAGGAAGAAGAAGAAGAGAGCGACGAAGGAGGCGAGUGGUAUGAAGAGACAGCGGGUGCCGCUGGAGGGGGGUCCAUGCAACGCUUGGCGGAAGCGUGGUCGCUCGUGUAUGAUUGUUUUGGAGAUAUCGAUGCAGUUAUCAGCAUCCUCUGCGACAACAGGUCUCGUGUGCGAUCGGAUGCGGAUCUGAGAGGUUCUGAGGAAGCGCUGCUGUCGGGGGAACGACUUUCGCCUCCCUCUGGUGCUGCGGAAGUCGGUGGGGUUACUCCACGGGUUAAACGCAGCUUGUGGGAUCGACUAGGGGAGCCGGAUGAACUCGCAAAGGGUUUGGCGACUGCAAGAGACGAAGCAAUAGCACGGAUAGACUUUCCAGAAAGGCUGCAGCUCAGACUGAAGAACCGCCCUUCAAAAAUAUCAGAGGCCGCCUUAGCAGCAGAGGCUCUAUGGAUAUCUCGUCGCUUACUGGAGGAGUUUGCAGACGAUUUGAAACCUCGUAGGCUUGCUGAGCGAUAUAUGGAUGCGUUUGGUAUGGCUUGCCGGCUGCAAAGAGAUCCUGAACAAGACGUUCAGCGGAAAGUCUUGCUGCUGCUGCAGUUGCUGCUGCAGCAAGGCUUUGAAAUCGUCUUUAUUCUCGAGCACAGGAUACACCUUGUCGCUCCUCCUCUCUCUGUUGCCAUGGUGUGGAGGGCAUACGAGCUGGAUCUUCGAUAUUGGCGGCUUCGAGCUGCAAGGAUCAAGCUGCUGCAGCUUGCCGUCCGCGUGCAGCAGCAGCAGCAGCAGCAGCAGGGAGGCGCGACUCAGGAAACGCAUCACCAGAUCAAAGAGGUCGUGCAGAAGCUCGUGAGGGAAGCAGAGACGGAGCAGCAACUCGAAGACGUUCGGCUCUUCUUGCUGAUGCAGUAUCAUCCACAGCUUGCUGCUGCUGCUGCAGCGGAAGAGGAUCGGCUGCUUGAGGACGUGAACUGCAGUCUGCAGCAGAGACUCCAUGACAGCGGCAAUCACAGAGAUCUCGGAGAUGAAGGCGACCGAGGUUUGUUGUCAGCUGCUGGAGGAGAAGGCGAGGUGGUAUCUGCCGUACCGUCUAUUCCACCCCUUCCAGAGGAAACAGCAACCGUUGCUGCCCUCGGUGAAGAGCAGCAGCAAGAAGGAAGAACGCAGGAGGAUCGGCUGUCGCUGGAGCAGAAGCAUAUGCUUGUCGACCUGCAGCAUCUCUACUUACAGCAUGGCAAUGCAGAGCAGCAGCAAGUGCAGCAAGAUCUUGAGGGGGAUGCUGCUUUGCUGCAGCGCAGGCAGCAGCAGCCGCUGGAUGUUGAAGAGCCACACGGCGAGGCACAGUUGUUCUGCGAGGAGGAGAUGAUGCAGCGAAUGCCGCCAGAAGGAGAUUGUUGUGACUCUACAGCCGCUGCAGCACGUGCAGCAGAUGCAGAUGCAGCAGCAGCAGAUGCAGAUGCAGCAGAUGCAGAUGCAGAUGCAGCAGCAACAGAUGCAGAUGCAGCAGCAGCAGAUGCAGAUGCAGCAGAUGCAGAUGCAGAUGCAGCAGCAGCAGAUGCAGAUGCAGCAGCAGCAGAUGCAGAUGCAGCAAGCAGUAGCAGCAGCAGUAGCAGCAGCAGUACUAGCGAAAGCACUUCUUCGCGUUGGGGGCAGAGGACCCCUCGGCCGUUGGUGGCAGUAGAUGCAUCAGAAGAAGCAGCGAUCGCAGCAGAGGCACUGCCAGCUACAGCCGUAGGAGGUUCAGAAGCAGCGUUCGGCAAUCCUAUUACAGACGCCCAGGCGGCAGAAGCGCGUGCAGCAGCUGCACAAGCUGCGGAGGAUUUUUUUGGCGCAGAUUUCUCGCAGGAAGAGUCCGCAGGAGCGACGCAGUCUCCUGAAGGAGCUGCUGCAGGAGCUGCAGCAAAGGCUGCGGCAGCGCGCGCAGCAGCUGUUCAAGCUGCAGGAGCAGCUGCAGGUAACUCAGACGCAGCAGCAGCCGCAGCCGCAGCAGCAGCAGCAGCAGCGAAGGCUGCAGCAGCCCGCGCAGCAGCUGCACAGGCUGCAGAGGAUUUCUUUGGCGGAGACUUUUCGGAAGUUUCGCCUCUUCAAGCAGCGAAGUCAGCAGCAGCUUUCGCAGCUCGAGGAGGCCAGUCGGAGCUCGUCGAAUCCAGCGGCAGUCGAUCGCUUCGCUCAGUGGGUGGGAACGCUCCCCUGAGCAGUGGGAGCCGCAUGCAUGCGGCGGGAGCGGGGAGUGGAUUCGGCAGCUGCGAUGGCGCGAGUCUCACGGAGGAGGACUGCGCCGCAGCAAAAGCGGAGCAGCUGGAGUUCAAGCGUCUCCUAGAUGAAGCUGCAGAGGAAGAGUGGACUGAAGCGGAGGCAGCAGCAGCAGGAAGGCCCUUAUCUCUCAGUGAAACUCCCCUCAUCGAUGCAAUUGAGAUGGCGCAUCGUCACGGUCUCGCCUCAGUAUGGAGUGGCUAUUUGCUGGAUGGUGAUGCGCUGCUCGUGAAUUUGAAUUUUUUGCGGUUUGAAGAGAGGCACCCGCUUCAGCCGGGGCGUUUGCUGUCUUUGCCGCGGAUCCCCCGAUUUCCCCCCCCCCAGAUCGAGUUAGCGUCAGAGACAGACGUUGCAGCAGCAGCGGCAGCAGCAGCAGCGGCUGGAGCAGGAGGAGGUGCCAGUGAAGCUGAAUUGCAACUUGAACUUUCAGCAGCCGCAUGGGUUGCGCAGUGGUGUCGUCCUCCCUUCUCCUCAGGAGCUCAAGUGCUCUCUCUCCUUGUGCAGUAUCAUAUUUUGCCAGAGUUUGUGGAAAAGCCGCCGUGUCUACCGUGGAAUGACAGGGCUCACCGCGAAGAAGAGCAAAGAGAGAAAGAAAUAGCGAGGCGUCGCCAGCUGCAGUCUCUCGUUGCAGCGGAUCCCCUUCAACGCGCCAAGAGGCUCAAGCAGAUACUAUGCAACCGAAGAGACAACUCCAUCAGUCCUCUUUUCGUUCAGAUCCAGCAACUGGAGAGACAGGGCGAGGUAGCGGUGAUACUGCAUCCUCUUUCGGGGGAGACGCCUCCGUGGAAGCGGGAAGAGUUUGCGGGGAGGCAUGCGGAAGCCUUGAAGGAGCAGAAGCUCUUGCGAUUAAGUGGCAAGACAGCUGGCAUGUCAGUGGCGACACUGGGUAGCAGCGGCGUGGCGAGCUACAUGCACGAUCUGCAGCAGCAGCAGCAGUAUUUGGAGAGCGAGCAGCAAAAGUUUGCAGAGGCGGAACGCGAGGAUCAGCAGCUCAUAGAGUCGCUUCUUUCUCACCUGCUAAAUGCCUACAGCCCUUACGCAGGCGCCUUUCACCGUGGCGUGGGAGGGGGGGGCGGUGCAGAAGCUGCUGCUGCUGCUCCGUGGGUGUACAUCCAGCGGCUAAUCCUCAAGAGGCUGCUCCUGAACGAGUUGCUUCCCGCAGUCAAGCGAGACACUCGCGACAAGUUGCUGCGAGCGUCUCAGGAGGCAGUUCUUAAGGCCUGUCAGGAGAUGCUGCACUGGAAGCUGUGCAUGCAGCCUCUACGUCCGACGCAGGAGCAGCAGCAGCGGCGCCAGCAGGAGCUUGUUCAGGAUGACACCACCGACAGCAGCAGCAGCAGCGACAGCAGCAGCAGCAGCAGCGACUCAGACUCCCCCAGUAUGCCCGUUGCUGCAGCGGCACCCCCCGAAAAAAGGAGGCGGAGACAGCAGCGGAGACAGCGGCAGCAGCAGCGACAGCAGCGCUUGACUCACGAUCCGGCUGCAAUAGACUGUCUCUCUUUCGUGAUUCAGCACAGACCGAUUGAGGGAGGGCGUGGUGAGACUCUCGCAAGGACGCAUGCGGUCCUAGUCAACGCUUGGGGGGAGAUCGAAACGCAUGAGUGCUUCGAUGUGCUGCUGAAUACUCGGCUUCCAGACGAGCAGCAGCAACAGCAACAGCUGCAACAGCUGCAGCAGCAGCGCCAGACAGGAGUCCUCUCCCAGCACGCCGCUGCCGCUGCACUCGAUCCUGCAGCAGCCUCACAGCAGCAGCAGCAGCAGGGGAUCUCGCGGGAGGAGCAGCUUGCGCAGCGAGAUUUGCAACGCUUAGUUCGCCUCUUUACCGACAGAUUCGUGGAUGUGGCAGCGGUGGGAGUGCGCGAUCGUUAUGGACUGCUCUUGCAGCAGAUCCUGAAGCAGCAUGUUCUGCCUAAACUGGAAGAACGUCAUCGUCCCUUCGCGCUCGUUCUCGCCCCUCUGGAAAUCCCCGCAGUUUGGGCUGGUAGUGAUCGUGUGCCAGAGACUCUCAGACGUAGCAUGGCGAGGGAAGCACUCAUGGCCCUUUCUCUUGGCCGCUACAUCCAAGACCCCUUGGCAGAAGCCGCAACGCUUUGGGGUGAAGGCACCGACAACUUGCUUCUCCAGCUCAAGCUGCACCCCCUCCAAGCGGCGGUAAGUCUAUUAGUGCUCACGCCAGCUGGAAAAUGUACCCCGGCUCUGGCAACUGUCUGUGCAA